AUUUGAUCGAUAAUAAUUUAUAGAAGAUAAAAUAACAGACAUUGUCAUAUUGUGGUAAAUGUACAGGAAAAAUUAUACUAGUAUAAUAAUUCUGAAAAUAUUGACUUUUAGGAAUAUUUAAAAAAUUUCAUCAAUUUUGGAAGUCAUUAAAAAAUAUUUUCUAAAAACUUAAAAAUGGACGUGGCAAAUUUAACACAAACUAUAAAUACCAUUCAAAUGAUUUCCAUUGUUACUUAUUUAGAGAAAUUAAAUAAUUACUUGCACUUUAACAAUUUUUUAGACAACACUGACCUUGGAAAUUCUAUUGCAAUUAUUAAUUCAUUAGUGGAUUAUUUGGAAAGUUACGAGUCAAGUGAACGUGAAUUAAAUUUUUUUACACAUUAUUUAAUGACCGAUAAUAAAUUAAAAAAAAACAGUGAAAUUAUACAAAAAUAUGAUAGAAAUUUCAAAAGAAUUUUAUUCGAUCACAUAAUAAUGAGUGUAAUUUUUGAAAAAUAUGGUAAUAUUUAUGGAUUUUUGGCAGAAAUUUUUAGAUUAAACAAAAUGAAUUUAUCAAUUGAAAAUUUAAUCAAUAAUAUUGAUCAUGAAUUAAUGAAUAUAAGUGAAAUAAAAAAAAGACAAGUUACACUCAGUGAAACAGUAAUUAAUAGAUUAUUUAGUGGAACAAUUGAUUUACUAUUUCCAAAAUCGUUAAGAACAAAUUCAAUAAAUUCAAUAGAUUUUAUUUAUGCACAAGCCGGUUGUAGUUUAUAUAAUUCACAAUUAGUGAAUUAUAAUUAUUUUUUUAAUUUAAACAUUAAUAAACAAGAAAUGCAAAAUAGUCAAUAUAUUUUUAAUGAUUGUCUUGAAAUUGGAUUAGCUGUCGAGCAAUUGGUGAUUUUUGGAAAUAUUGAUAAAGAAGCUUUAAAAAUUUUUGCACUACCAGCACUUUUAAAUUAUGUUCAGGUAGAGGAAGGAAAUCUUAAAAAUUUGAAAAUUAAAGAAAUUAUAUCCAAUCCAAAACAUUUGACCAAUGCUUAUGAUUUAUUAUUUUUAAAAUUACAAACAGUUUUAUACUAUUCUAAAUAUUUAAAAACAAUGGAUCCAAAGUACGAAUAUUAUUUAACACUGUUUCAUUUUCAAAAUCAAACAUCAUUGGCAAAAAGAGAAAUAAUGAUGAAUUGUGAUUUUCAAAAUGAUAAUCAAUUAGAAAAGGAAAUCAUUAACUAUAUCAAUAAUCCUAAUAACUAUUCAUGUUCCGAUGGAGAAAAAUUAGUAGCAUUGGAUAAACUUUCUAAGAAGGAGAGAAAUAAUCUUUUAUAUAAAUAUCAUAGAUUUUUAAAUGCAGUAGAUAAUGAAAAUGCCAACAAUCAGAGUGUAAAAAUUAAUAGUAAAAAAUUUCAAAUUAAUGGUGAAAUAUUUGGUGAUUGUAAUAAAUUUGAUUCUGAAAAUGGAAUAAAAAAAUUUCACUGUCUUUCCUUACUCUAUUCAUGUAUUGUCGGUAUUAUUGACGGAAAUCCAUUAAAUUCAUCAUCUAAUUGUCCAAUAAAAGAAUUAAUACGAUUUCAAGAUAUAAUAAAAUGGAAUUCACAAUUUAUUACUUUUGAAACACAAUUAACAUUUUCUCAAUUGGGAAUGUCUUUGAGAACAUUGGCAUUAAUAUCCUCAAUGUUGGCAAUUCUAAAUGUGAAUUCUAAUCUGUCAUCAAGAGGAAUGGGAAAUUUAACAAAUGUGGGAUUUCCAAAAUUACCAGCAAUUGAUAUUGGCUAUGAGCUUGGAAUUAUUUUAGGUGACAAUGGUUUAAAAUCAAUACAACAUUUGAUGGAGACAAUUGAGACGAAAUUUUUUAUUUCCUAUGAUUCGGAGUCGCGAAAUUUUAGCAUGUCACUAAAUCACAUUGAAGUGAUAGUAGCAGACAGUAGUAUUAGUAGUACUGUUAAGAAAGAAUUGGAUUUAGAUGAAAACACUCUUCAUCGGAUUAAAGAGAUGUUUCAAAAACAAUUCCAAAAAAAUAAUAGUAGUCCUGUAUAGUUUUAGAGAAUCCAAAAAAAGGUCUACAGCUUUGGAGAAUCAAAAUAAAAAAAAAAAAAAAAAAAAACGUUGUCUGCAAGUUUGAAGAAUUUAAGAAGAAAACAAUCAU